CGACAACGAUUAAAAUUAAAAACAAACAGCGAACGAACACCACCAACGCCCCGACGGUCAGCCACUCAGCCAAACCGUAACAACGUCUUACUGUCCGACUCGUGUGUGCAGGACCCCCCCUCGGCGCUAGGUAUGCCCGUCAAAGUGGACAUAACACCCAGACCUCCGGCCAACUCGAAACAACUAGGGGUGACCGGGUCUAUUCUGUACAGCGGAUCGAAAUUUCAAGGGUUCCAGAGGUCCAAAGGCAACAGCUACGAGGUGGAAGUCGUACUGCAGUAUGUCGAUGAGCAAAACGGUUAUCUGUGCGGUUAUCUAAAAAUUAAAGGUCUCACUGAAGAGUUUCCCAAUUUGACUACUUAUUUCGAUGGAGAAAUCAUUAAUAAAAAGUGUCCGUUUUUGACGAGAAAAUGGGACGCUGACGAAGAAGUCGACAAGAAACAUUGGAAUAAAUUUGCUGCAUUUUGUCAGUAUGCCAAGACGUUCAAUUCGGAUGCAUUUGACUAUGACAAACUAAAAAACGCCGAUCAUGUAUUCAUGAGGUGGAAGGAGCAUUUUCUAGUACCCGAUCACACAAUACGCGACAUCAGUGGUGCGUCAUUUGCUGGUUUCUAUUACAUAUGUUUUCAGAAAUCAACUUCUUCCAUUGAAGGGUAUUACUAUCACCGAAGUUCUGAAUGGUAUCAAACAUUAUGCUUGACCCAUGUCCCAGAACACAGUACUCAGAUCUAUGAAUUUAGGUGAUUUGAAAAAUACCGACAUACAAUAUUACAAUGAAAAUAGUACAGGAGUACAUGAAAUUACCUCAAAGCUUUCAGCGUUGUCUAAAGCUUACUGUGAUUUUUUUUAAGCAUUUUUUUCCUUUUUAAUAGGUAACUUAUUUAUAUUUUACCCAUGUAUUUUAUUUUAAUGAACGGAUAUUACCUACUAAAUUGUGUUGCCUUUGUACAUAACAUAUUUUAUGAUAAACAUUUUGCUAGAAUGUUAUUAGUCUUGACAUCUAUCUGUAUACCUAUUACCUUAUUUAAAUAAAACAAAGCAUAUAAUAAAUUGUAACUGUUUAUGAAGUAUACACUAUACCAUGUCAAAAAAGAUAGAUGUAUUUUAACAAUGAUAAAUGUGUUUGCAUUGAUAUUUUUAAUUUAAUCUAUGAUGAAACAGUAUUUAUUGUUACACAUUAUAUUAUAUUCAUAUUAUACUAUAUUUUUUGUACACUGAUAUAAUUAAUUGUAUGUAAAAAGAAUAAUAUCUCGAUGAAUUUUAAUAGAACAUGUGACUUGCCUUAAUAAAAUAUAUACUAUAUUAUGCUGUUAUUAUGUAAAUGUAAAUAGCAAUUAUUAUUUUGUAGAAUAUAUUAUUAAAAAUUGUUUACCAAAUAUUGUAUACAGUAUCUUUUUCUUGUACCCAAAUAUCAAUUUAGAUGAUUAUAUUAAAAUACAAAAAUACAACAAAUCAGAAUUAACCAUAAUAUAAUAAUUAAUUAGCAAAUAGGUACUUUGUUACUUUUUUUGUUGUUUUGUCAACUAAUCAAUAUAAUUAAAUGUAUUAUGUUAUAUGAAUUUGUUAUGUGAUAAUAUUAUUAUUUCUAUUUUUAUCAUUGUUAGAACUUGUAAUUUUUUUGAGCAUCAGUUUUAUUAUAAUAAUAAUUUUUAUUUGAUUGACAUUUGAACAAGUAAAAAUUUUAUAGAAAAGUCACUAGUCUGAUUGUAGAUAAUAUAAUAACAUGAAAAUGUAAAAUUAAUUACGGUUUAACAAAUCUUAAAUAAUUGAUUGUUCUAUGAUAAUUGUAAUGAUGUAUAUAGAGCAUAAAUAACAAUUGAGAAGUAUGAUAUGAACUUGGAAUAUUGACUGACUGUUACCAUGGCCAAGGUUACUUCUUAAAUGAAUCUUAAGGUUGUAUUUUUUAAUAAAAAAUGUUAUCCUGAUAUCCGAUAUAUUGUUUUAUUUUUUAAUAUUAUAGUACUGUAGGUACUUUACAAAUAGUUUGCCAUUUGUUUUUUUUUUUUCAUAGUUAUUAUUUAUUAGUUUUUGGAUGUAUAAUAAUAUAAUAUCAAAAUAAAAUGGUUUCUUUUUUGCUUAUAUA